GUGUGUGUGUGUGUGUGCGUGCAGACCGGGAUCUGAGAUUUUUUGGGUGGUGGCUGUUUGUUUUACUGGAACAGCGGCAGCAGCAAAUGCUCUGGAAUGCGGUCGGUCAGCUAACUUUACCCCGUCGAUUUUGAGCGAAAUUCCACGUUUCCUUUCAACUUUUAUCGUCUCCGCUCUUCUUUUGUGCGUGUUGAAUUUUGAGGUUGGACUAUCCCGGUCAGAGCAGCAUUUAUCGAUUCAUUCACGGAGAAGGCUAACGGGAUAGCGUGCUAAGUGAACACAGAUGCAGGCCAUAAAGUGUGUGGUAGUCGGAGACGGGGCUGUGGGAAAAACAUGCCUUCUGAUCAGCUACACCACAAAUGCUUUUCCCGGGGAAUACAUCCCAACUGUGUUUGAUAAUUAUUCUGCUAAUGUGAUGGUCGAUGGAAAGCCGGUGAACCUGGGACUGUGGGAUACAGCAGGGCAGGAAGAUUACGACAGGCUUCGACCACUUUCCUACCCUCAGACGGAUGUGUUCUUGAUCUGUUUCUCUCUUGUGAGUCCAGCCUCAUUUGAGAACGUCCGUGCAAAGUGGUAUCCAGAAGUCAGACAUCAUUGUCCCAACACUCCGAUAAUUCUCGUUGGAACUAAGCUUGACCUGAGAGACGACAAGGACACUAUUGAGAAGUUGAAAGAGAAGAAACUUACACCCAUCACCUACCCUCAAGGCCUCGCCAUGGCCAAAGAAAUAGGAGCUGUGAAGUACCUGGAAUGCUCAGCCUUAACGCAACGUGGCCUUAAGACGGUGUUCGAUGAAGCCAUCCGUGCGGUCCUGUGUCCGCCUCCGGUCAAGAAACCAAGGAGGAAGUGUUUACUCCUCUGAACUGACUGUACACACAGCACCAGCUGCAAUCUGAGCUCACCUAAGAGGAGAACAAUGGAGGCGGGGAUGAUGGGAAAUGUGUGUUGAGGAAGAAGAACGAGUCUGCACAGUGUAUGCAUACAGAUAUUUCUCUCUCUUGCAUUGUAAUUAGAGUUACGCCACUAACUAGCUGUUAAGAUGCCAGAUUAUUUGCUUCUGAGAGAUGAGGAGCGGCGUCCAUAGUUGUUUUCCUUCCAAUACACUAAGAAAUUCCUGCUGCCUUCUAAUGAUCUCCUUUAUUUUCCCCUCUUUUUGAUAAACUAAAUAGUCCUUUCAGUGUAUUGUGAGCCCAUAUAUUUUGUUUACAAUCUGCAUUUUUGUAGAAAAUGAAUUAUUGCCAAAAGUUAAACUUAUCAUGGAUUUCCAUUUGCUCACACUAACAACCUCAUUUUUUCCUAAAGGGUUGGGGGAGUUAAUCAUGCAUACUUGUAAGGGACAGAUUGCAGUAAUAUUGAAGGAACUAUUUUACAAGACGACAGUGGAAGAAAACACUUUAUUUUUGUUGGUUCCUGUGUUAUGGUGUCCAUGCUAGAGAGUUUAUUUUUGUUUAACUGUAUAAGAAACAAACCUAGUUAAAAUGCAUAUAACAGCUUUGUUUUGUCAGCAUGUGGUAUAUUUUCACUACUGUAUCUAAAUAUUCAAAAGGGCCGAAUUCAUGUUUAAUCUUUCUCUGUAUUUUAGUCAGGCAGCAUUUUAUCCAUUUUACAGUCCCAGUAUUGUAUUUAGACUACAGAUCUACCAGUGCCUAGUAUCAGACCAGGGUUUUGUUGGAAAGUUGAGCUUCUUAGAAGUUUCUGUACUGUAGACACCUCAACGUAUGGGGUUCAUAUUUUUUAAAGAUCUCCAUGAAGAUAAAAGAAUAUUGAAUUAAACAGUUUGUUGUUAGGGUACAGACAUAAAGUAUUUAACUUCUAAUUGGUCGUCAGACAUGGUUCAAGAGGAAAUGGUUGUAAUUCGCCACAUGGAAUGUUUAAUUGUCAUUUUGACAUAUUUGUAACUUUUUAAAAAAUUUAAAAUGCUUUAUUCAUGCUUUUAUUGUCUCCACUAAAGCUACAAUGUAUUAACCUUUAUGUCUGAAAUAGAAACCAAAUAUAAAAACA